CCCGCGCCCGGCGUCCCCAGCCGCGCGCCCCGCCUGGGCACCGCGCGCUUCGCCAGCCACGCCACCUUCUCGCUGUCCGGCCGCGGCCAGAGCGUGGAUCACCAGGACGAAGCCAGCGAGGUGGACACAAGAAAGGCCUCAGACUCGUGCAUCGUUGAGAACGGUCACCAGCCUGGGACAGGUCUGGGCGAUGGGUCCCCAGAAGCCGCUGGAACCUUAUCAGCACCAGAGCCCCCCAGGCCUCGCCCCGUGAGCCUCUCCCUGCAGCUGCCUCACCAGCCGGUCACGGCCGUCACUCGGGUCUCGGAGAGGUUUUCAGGGGAGACCUCGGCCGCGGCUCUCUCGCCCACGUCUGCUGCCAUCCUGGGGGGCCCCAGCCCGAGCCCCAGUGAGGCCACCGCACCCCGGACUCCAGGUCCCAGCGAGAAGAGUCCUUCCACCCCGAGGUUGAGCUCUGGCUAUGGGGCAGCAUCGGCCGGCAGGAGCGACAGCCCACCCCUGGUGACGCCUCGGUCUCCACCAGCCACCGCCCAGGCCCGGCGCCGGGAGCUGGUCAGGUCGCAGACGCUGCCCCGCACGUCUGGGGCGCAGGCCCGGAAGGCCUUGUUUGAGAAGUGGGAGCGCGACACCGCGGGCAAGGGGAAGGGCGAGGUGCGGGCCAAGCUGAAACGGUCGCAGAGCUUCGGUGUGGCCAGUGCGAGCAGCAUCAAGCAGCUCCUGCUGGAGUGGUGCCGGCAGAAGACCCUUGGCUACCAGCACGUAGACCUGCAGAACUUCUCGUCCAGCUGGAGCGACGGCAUGGCCUUCUGCGCCCUGGUGCACUCAUUCUUUCCCGACGCCUUCGACUACGGCGCCCUGAGUCCCGCGCAGAGGCAGAAGAACUUUGAGCUGGCCUUCACCAUGGCCGAGAAUCUGGCCAACUGUGAGCGCCUCAUCGAGGUGGAGGAUAUGAUGGUGAUGGGCCGCAAGCCGGACCCCAUGUGUGUCUUCACCUACGUCCAGUCUCUGUACAACCACCUGCGUCGCUUUGAAUGAAGCCCGUGGGGGCUGGGUGGCCAGGGCGCAGGCCCGGGAGGACACUGUGGGGCGGCCCCACGGGAGUCGCGUGCGUUCUGGUGUGAGCGCGCCCUGGCCGCUGUGUCGCUGAUGCGCCCCCCGCGCGCAGGGGCUCCGAGGAGAAGGGAGCGCGCUCGGUGCUACGUGAUUAUCUCCCUGCAAAUAAAAGGCUUGCCUGUGGAUUCUGGAAUGUGAGAUCCCUUUUCCCUUGGGCGAAUUUGAUACAUUGGCUUCACGGGGUUACACUGGUUACCAAGUGUGUGUGCUCAAAAUACCCAGAGUUUUUUUUUUUUUUUUUUUUUUUUACUUUCUCACUGUAUCUUGGGUUCCCUUCCGCCGUCCCUGGGGCCUCUGCCGGGAAGCAGGGAGGACGCCCCAGCCCAGCCUGACGCGGAACCGUUCAGUCUCCCCCAGGUCCUGGGCGGCAGAUGACCUUCAAGUUACCCUGGCUGGCUGGGCGGUGGGAAGGCCGUCACCUGGUCCCCAAAGCUCCCUGUCUCGGGAAGUUAACGCUUUGGGGGAGGACGAGGCCCUUUGUGCAUAGAGGUAGUUUUUAUUCACAUCUUUUUUUAGGGGAUUUGCUGGAGAUAUUUAUGAAAAGUAACUAUGUACCAUUGGCCGUUUGUACAUAAAAAGAUGUGUCAAACUUC